AUAUCAUCAGGAAUUAUUCUUAUUAAUGAGCUACUAGAUCAUUGUGGUACAAGUUAUGAAAUAGCUUCUCUAUUUGGAAUAACAUUUGGCACAGUAGCUGCUCUAAUAAAAAUAUCACUUCUAAAUGUAAAUCACAAAAAUAUUUUAUAUAUUGUUUUAAAUGUGGUUGAUGAUUGGUGGAAAGUCGAAGACGAAAAAUCAAAAAACAUAAUGCGUGAAAAUUCAUCAUGGAAUGGAAUUUUAUUUUAUGGAAUAUUGACUCCGUUGUUGCUGUACACAUCAAAGUUCGUUAUAGAGAGUAUUCCUCAUACCUUUAUAACAGAUGAUAAUACAACUAUAUAUGUGCGUACUACGCCUAUGAGUUCAGAUUGCUGGAAUUUAGCAGAUAUACCGACUGUUAUCUAUUUGAUUCGUUUCGCAUGUCGCACUGUUGAAUUUAUAAUAUAUAAUAUCACUAGUUGUGGAAUUGAUUUAUAUUUUCUCGUUUUGGCAUCACAUAUAUGUGGGCAAAUUGAGAUUAACAAUAUGAAUAUUAAAAAUUUUUUCGUCGACCGAAAGGGAGUUUUUGAACGUGAUUAUUUUUAUAAGAUUAUUUAUCACGCUACUGGAACAAUUUUAUAUUUUUCGUCUCAAAUAUUUAUAUAUUGCUACGCAGGUGAAAAACUGUCAUCAAAAGUUGAAGAAUCGUGUAAUUCCGUUUAUGAUUGUUGUUGGUAUGAUUUUUCCAUUAGCAUGCGUAAGGACAUUGUAUAUAUUAUUCAAAGAUUAAACAAGCAGUAUCAUUUAACAGCCGGGAAAUUUUACCACAUGAACUUACCUAAUUUUACGAAUAUUGUUAAAACUAUGGUAUCUUUUUUUUCUGUGAUGAGGUUAGUUAUUCUCGGAUAA